CAACAGCUGGAGGCCUGCGCGCCCUUGGGGGAUGGCGAAGGUGGUGCUUCUGAGCUAUCCACAGCAGCAGCAGCAGCAGCAGCAGCAGCAGCGCAGCAGCAGCUGCUGCUGCGAUCUCGGCUCUGCAGCAGCCCCCUUACUGCUUCUCCCUUGAUGCCUUUCUCGCCGCCGUUGCAACAGCAGCAGCGCUCGGGAGCUCUUGCUGCUGCUGCUGCUGCUGCUGCUUGCCCCAUUAUCUCAGCAACAGCAGCACCCAGUGCUUUGGUGGCGCUGCUGCACCUAGCUCUUACGACGCUGCCGCCACAGCAGCAGCAGCAGCGGCAGCACCAGCAACACAAAGCAGCAAUGAUGGCUGAGACUGAAGACUCGCAGCAGCAACAGCAGCAGCAGCAGCAGAAGGGGGAGGACGAUAGCUAUGACUUGCAGUUGCGCGUGCACCCGACGCAGCAGCAGCAACAGCAGCAGCAGCAGCAGCAGCACAGGUCGCUAUCUGCAGCAGAAGCAGCAGAACUGCAGAAGCAUGCAAACUUGCUUCUAGAUGUGCAGCAGUCGCUGCUGCUGCUUAAGAAAUUGGACGAAGCACAGCAGCAGCACCUGCAGCAGCAGCAGCAGCAGCAGCAGCACAAGGGAGAGGACGAGGAAUUGCGCGUGCAGGCGGUAAUGGAGUUUUAUGGAGUGUUGAGGGAGAAGUGGAAAGAGGCAGCAGCAGCAGCAGCAGCAGCAGCAGCUAUUGGUCCGCAGCUACUGCAAGAAGCAGAUAAAACAUUCAGUCUUUUUCGUGCUGCACCGCAGCAGCAGCAGCAGCAGCAACAACAGCAGCAGCAACAGCAGCUAGAUGAAACGCAGCGGCAGCAGCAGCAGCAGCAACAGCAACAGCGUAAUCCCACUUUUGAGGAGGGCCGCAAGCCAGCACCAGCAGCAGCAACAGCAGCAGCAACAGCAGCAGAAGAGCAGCAACUGUAG